UGGAGGCGGUUCAGGGGCUGCAGUUGUCUGUGGAGAACGAGUGAGUUCUGUGUCUGAGCAGUGUGGCCCCCCCGGUGCUGGCACCAUGAAGAAGCUGGUGGCUCUUGGCCUGUGCUUAGUCCUCCUGGCAUGUGCUUCUGUCAAAGCUGAAGAUGAAGUAGACAUUGAUGGAACUGUGGAGGAUGACCUCGGAAAAAGCAGAGAUGGUUCGCGGACAGAUGAUGAAGUUGUAAGCAGAGAAGAGGAGGCUAUUCAGCUAGAUGGGCUCAAUGCUGCCCAAAUAAAGGAGAUCAGAGAGAAAUCUGAGAAGUUUGCUUUUCAGGCUGAAGUUAACAGAAUGAUGAAACUUAUUAUCAACUCCCUGUAUAAGAACAAAGAGAUUUUCCUUCGAGAAUUGAUCUCAAAUGCUUCAGAUGCCCUUGACAAGAUCCGGUUGAUCUCUUUGACUGAUGAUGAUGCCCUUGCUGCUAAUGAGGAGUUAACCAUUAAAAUCAAGUGUGAUAAAGAGAAGAAUAUGCUUCACAUUACUGAUACUGGCAUUGGCAUGACAAAAGAAGAACUUGUGAAGAAUUUAGGAACAAUUGCUAAAUCUGGCACAAGUGAAUUCCUGAAUAAGCUCACAGAAGCCCAGGAGGAUAACCAGUCUACAUCUGAGCUCAUUGGCCAGUUUGGAGUUGGCUUCUAUUCUGCUUUCCUAGUUGCAGAUCGCGUGAUUGUAACAUCAAAACAUAACAACGAUACACAGCAUAUAUGGGAGUCUGAUUCCAAUGAGUUCUUUGUGACAGAUGAUCCUCGUGGUGACACACUGGGCCGAGGCACAACAAUAACAUUGGUCUUGAAAGAAGAAGCUACUGAUUAUCUUGAGCUGGAAACGAUAAAGAAUCUUGUGAGGAAAUAUUCUCAGUUUAUCAACUUCCCCAUAUAUGUCUGGAGCAGCAAGACUGAAACUGUAGAAGAGCCAUUGGAUGAAGAAGAAGCAAAGGAGGAAAAGGAAGAGGAGACAGAUGAAGAGGCUGCUGUUGAGGAAGAAGAUGAGGAAAAGAAACCGAAGACUAAAAAGGUUGAGAAGACCAUUUGGGACUGGGAGCUUAUGAAUGACAUCAAACCAAUCUGGCAAAGGCCCUCAAAGGAGGUUGAAGAGGAUGAAUACAAAGCCUUCUACAAAUCCUUCUCCAAGGAAAGUGAUGAUCCUAUGGCUUACAUCCACUUCACUGCAGAAGGAGAGGUCACUUUUAAGUCUAUCUUGUUUAUCCCUACCUCUGCUCCCCGUGGCCUGUUUGAUGAAUAUGGCUCAAAGAAAAGUGACUUUAUUAAGCUUUUUGUUAGAAGAGUCUUUAUAACUGAUGACUUCCAUGACAUGAUGCCCAAAUACUUGAACUUUGUCAAGGGAGUGGUUGAUUCUGAUGACUUGCCUCUUAAUGUAUCCAGAGAAACACUACAGCAGCAUAAAUUACUAAAGGUUAUUAGAAAGAAGCUGGUGCGUAAAACACUCGACAUGAUAAAGAAAAUUGCAGAAGACAAAUACAAUGAUAAAUUUUGGAAGGAAUUUGGUACCAAUGUUAAACUUGGUGUGAUUGAAGACCAUUCUAACAGGACCCGAUUGGCCAAGCUUCUUAGAUUCCAGUCUUCUAACGACAAGUCAGAGGUGACCAGCUUGGAGCAGUACGUGGAAAGAAUGAAGGAAAAACAAGAUAAGAUCUACUUCAUGGCUGGUGCAAGUAGGAAGGAGGUGGAGUCCUCUCCAUUUGUUGAGAGACUUCUUAAGAAGGGCUAUGAAGUAAUCUUCCUCAUCGAGCCUGUAGAUGAGUACUGCAUACAGGCAUUACCGGAGUUUGAUGGCAAGAGGUUCCAGAAUGUUGCUAAGGAAGGGCUUAAGUUUGAUGAAAGUGAAAAGGCAAAAGAAGCACGUGAAGCCUUGGAGAAAGAUUAUGAGCCUCUAUUAACAUGGAUGAAGGAUAAAGCACUUAAAGACCAGAUUGAAAAGGCAGUCUUAUCUCAACGGUUGACACAAUCCCCUUGUGCCCUUGUGGCAAGUCAAUAUGGCUGGUCUGGCAAUAUGGAAAGGAUAAUGAAGGCUCAGGCCUACCAGACUGGAAAAGAUAUUUCUACCAAUUAUUACUCAAGCCAGAAGAAAACUCUUGAAGUUAACCCAAGACAUCCCCUUAUUAAAGAUAUGCUGAGGAGAGUAAAGGAGAAUGAAGAUGACCAAACAGUGGCCGACCUUGCAGUUGUACUACUUGAGACUGCCACAUUACGGUCUGGCUAUCAGUUACCAGACACUAAAGCAUAUGGAGAGCGGAUAGAAAGGAUGUUGCGGCUUAGCUUAAAUAUUGACCUUGAUGCAAAGGUGGAAGAUGAGCCGGAGGAAGAAGAGGAGCCAGCAGCAGAUGAAACUGAGCAGGAAGAUUCUGAUGACAUUGAGGAAGUUGAUGCAGAGGAAGAUGCAGAAAAGCCAGAAGCAGAGGAUCAGACAGACAAAAAGGAAUCCACACAUAUAAAAGAUGAAUUCUAAAUACCAAUACCAGGGGUUGGGUUUUGGCAGUGUUGGGAGGGUUUUUUAGUUUUUUUUUGUUUUUUUUAAACACAUUCCUCAUGAAUGUAAAUUUGUACUAUUUAUGAGUGUACGGUUGUAAAGUCUUUCACAUGAACACACUAUUCUGACAAUUCCGUCUAACCAACUUGACUCAAAGCACUGCUGGGUAUGACUUCAUUUGGUUGUUGGAGGGAUCUUGUACAACCUGCACUUGCCAGAGAUGGACUGGAUAUUUAAUCAUUACGACUCUCCCAUCAACAUGCCUAUUGAAGUACAAAUGGACUGGACUCUGGCACAACGUGAAACUUACAGUGUAACAGUAAAUUUAUUUUUUGUAAAUGGAUAAUGUUUUAUUGGAAAAAGAGCCCUUGCUUACCAGCCAAGCUGCUGCAUCCUGUAACCUUUUUCCAGUUACCUGUUGUCACAAUGUUGCCAUCAAUUUCCACAGCAAAUUUUCCUUUCAAAAAUAAAGUUGUCAGUGACUUUGUUAUUGUACAUUA